GGAUUCAGCUGAAGAGGGGCAAACAAACCACAGCUGGGUAGGGUGGAGCCGUUGCUGUGAAGGGCGGCAGUGGAGAGCAAGGCUGGGACUGGGGCUGGCCAGGACACCGCCGCCAUUGGGCUGGGGGCGUUCAGUACCCUGUGAUGUCACGUGAUGCAAUAAUGCCGAGCGCAGUGGGCAGUUGGUUAGCAGUUGGACCUGCUGGCCUGCAGUUGGACCUGCUGGCCCGCGGUUGGACCUGCUGGUCUGCGGUUGGAUCUGCUGGUCUGCGGUUGGAUCUGCUGGAUAUCAGCCGGAUCUGCUGGAUAGCAGUUGGAGCUGCUGGAUAGCAGUUGGAUCUGCUGGAUAGCAGCUGGAUCUGCUGGAUAGCAGCCGGAGCUGCUGGUUUGCAGUUAGCGCUGCUGGUUUGGUCCUUUUCCUUUUUCUGGGCCUUGAUCAGCAGUAUUCAUGGCUCUACCUUGGUUAGUGACUGGGCUGCUGCCUGCCGCCUGGCUCUUCUGGCAGUCUACUGCGCUGCCUGCCUCUUCCUGGCAUCUGCUACACUGCCUGCCUCUUCUCGCAAUCUACUACAUUGCCUGCCUCUUCUUGUACUCUUGUACACCGCCUGGCUUUUCCUGGAAACUACUACGCUACCUGGCUCUUGGCAUCUGCUACACUGCUCACCUCUAUUUUGGAAUCUACUGCGCUGUCUGCCUCUCUUUUGGAAUCUACUAUGCUGCCUGCCUCUUUCUGGGAAUAAUCUAUGCUGCCUGUCUCGUUUUUGGAAUCUACUAUGCUGCCUACCUCUUCUUGGAAUCUACUAUAUCACCUGCCUCUGCUUGGAAACUACUACGCUGCCUGCAGCUUCUUUGGAACAUACCAUGCUGCCUGCAGCUUCUUUGGAAUGUACUAUGCUGCCUGCAGCUUCUUGGGAAUAAACUACACCACCUGAAGGCUCUCUGGAACAUACUAUGCCACCUGCAUCUUCUUUGGAUUACGCUGUGCCGCCUGCCUUGUAUUUGGAAUAUACUAUACCGCCUGUAUCUUCUUUGGAAUGUAUUACGGCACAUGCCUCUUUUUGGAAUAUACUACACCACCCGUACCUUCUUGGAAUACAUGAUGCCAUCUGCCUCUUUUUGGACUAUACUGCGCCGCCUGCCUCUUCUUGGAUUAUACAGCGCUGCCUUCCUCGUCUUGAAAUAUACUGUGCCGCCUGCCUCCUUCUGGAAUAUACUAUGCGACCUGCCUCUGUUAUGGAACAUACUAUUCCACCUGCCCCUUCUAUGGAAUAUACUACGCUGCUUGCCUCUGCUGUGGAAUAGACUACGCUACCUGGCUCUGCUAUGGAAUAGGCUACGCCACCUGCCUCUCCUAUGGAAUAGGCUAUGCCGCCUGCUUCGCUCAUGGAACAUACAGCACCACCUGCCUUGUUCAUGGGAAAUACCACGGCGCUUGCCUCCUUUUGGAAUACACCACACCGCCUGGCUCUUUUUGGAAUAUAUCACGCCACCUGGCUCUCUUUGCAACAUACCGUGCAGGCUGGCUCUCUUUGCAACAUACCAUGCAGCGUGGCUCUCUUUGGAAUACACCACACAGGCUGGCUCUCCUUGGAGUAUACCACGCAGGCUGGCUCUCCUUGGACUAUACUAUGCCGCUUGGCUCUGUUUGGAGUACACCAGACCGACUGGCUCUCUUUGGAAUACACCACACUGCCUGGUCCUCUUGGGAAUAGAGUACGCCACCUGGCUCUCCUUGUAAUAAGUACACCACCUGGCUCUUUCCAUUAAAUUUGCAAUGGCUUCUUCUUUAUAGAACUGUACUGCAUUUUCCUUCUUUUAUCAUAGCGUGGCUUGGUUUGGAAGGGACCUCAAGGAUCAUCAAGUUCCAACUCCCCUGCCACAGGCUAGCCUAGGUCAGCUACUACUUGUGCUGCUUAUUGGACAACUGCAUCUCCAGCUACCAGAGGGUUCCAAAUAGCUACUAGAGUGCCAUACUGAUGAGAGGGGGCUUGCUGCAGGGUAAGAUCUCUCAUCUGACGUCUAAAUUUAACUAGGUCGGGGCUUCCUUAUAAAGUCUUCCUCAUAAAUUGCCUCUUUCAUUCCCAAUUCCCUUACGUACGUUUAUAAAUCUGCCAUGGUAUCCCAACUUCCACUAGGAGUGAGCACAUCACUUCCAUCUGGCCACGUGUUUCAGGGUACGUUUGGAUCCUAGAGACAGGUUGUCUCAGGAGCAGAGGCAAGCAAACUACGCAUUUAGAGCAGCACAGAGGGUUUUGAGUUUUAUUCAAUAUACACACGCUCAAACACAGGCAUCCAUUUUAAAUAAUCCCAGUGAGCAGCAAGCAGGAACUCCUUAGGCUAAUGCACUAUUAUUUACCAACCCCUGAGAGAUGGCAAAACAACAAAAAGGAGAGGGAGAAGGGAGACGCCAGCAUUGGAUUUGAUAGGUAGUGCCAGCAGGCCGUCCCUGCUUCAAAGUGCAGAUCUUCCUCUUUUUCUUUCUGGAAAAACUCUGCAGUAGUAAGUACUACACGUGAAAAGUUAUCAGAGGAAAAUAAUGUUAUGCCC